GUCUGUCAAAUAACAUUUAUUUCAAACAUACAUCUAUAAUACAAUGCUAGCAAGGUAGCUAUAUAAAGUUGUGUAACUACGAGAGUUUACUAGAAUUAGAUUUGAAAAACAAGCAAACAUGUAACACUUAAAAGAGAUCUGUCUGUCUGUCUGUCUGUCUGUGUGUGUGCGCGCACGCGCGCACUUCAUAUGAAUUGACGCAGAAAGACGCAUCAGGUUAAAGCUAAUGUAUGGUUGUUGCAGUCAUUAGGAUAUGCGCGUACUACGUUCUGGAACUCGCGGCUUGAUAAUGUUUUAUUUGUAUGUUUUAUCCCAUAUAACUUUUAUCAUGUUUCUGAUAGUGCUAUAGAUAUUCUAGCGCAUUUUCUGAAGGAUUCACAGGAAUACACGAAACAGCAUCGUACGCGCGCUGUUUGGAAACUCAAGGCUAUUGGAAGUGCAUGCUAACGAUGCCAUUUGUUUGGCGCGUGGUGUUCACGUGACAUGCAGUUUGCAAACAAAGGCGGACAAGAUGCUGCGUUUUCUUUCUUCUCUAGAGAAAGUGACGGCUCUUCAACUGCUCAACCGACAUCAAAGGACCACAUUCAGUCAACUCACACAACGCGCCAACUGCCUACCAGCAAUUCAGAAUCGUCAACAAUCGCGGUCGACCAAUCAUGUUCGAGCGCCUGUAUUCAUUCAGCGUCGGACCGCCUUCACUCGACGCUCCGAUUUGAGAAACUGCGAGCGGAUUGUGGUGAAACUCGGCUCUGCUGUUGUGACGCGCAGCAAAGAUGAGUUCGGAAUCGCUCUAGGAAGGCUCGCGUCGAUUGUCGAGCAGGUAUCUCGACUCCAUCGCAAGAAUAAACAAGUUCUUCUUGUGACAAGCGGGGCUGUAGCUCUGGGUAAAGUUCGUUUAGCCACAUCAGCUCUUAAUGGAGUUAAUGGAGCACAAGAACCAUCAAGAUACAAACGAGUAUCAGCAGACCCAAGGGCAGCAGCUGCCGCUGGUCAGGCAGGCCUCAUGGCCCUUUAUGAACAAAUGUUUGCACAAUAUGGAUUAGCAUGUGCGCAGGUUCUUAUUAGUGGAGGUGAUCUGCUACCGAAGACGUGCAGUAGUUUGCAAGCUACUUUGGAUGAACUGUUGCAGAUGAACAUCAUACCAAUUCUAAACGGAAAUGAUGCAACAGAAAAAUCGGUGAUGGAUGCUGAUCUUGAAGGGGUGUUGAGUACUCCUGACAAUGACAGCUUGGCAUCUGCUGUGGCAUGUUUGGUUAAAGCUGAUCUUUUGCUUUUGUUAUCUGAUGUCAAUGGCAUUCAUAAUGAACCACCGGAAAAUAAGGGAUCAUACGUGUUUGAUACGUUCCAACUCAAUGGAGGAAAUGAGAUCAUAUUUGGAGGCACAUCUCGUGUGGGACGCGGAGGAAUGGAAGCUAAGGUCAAAGCUGCUACUGCAGCCGUAAAGAAAGGUGUAGCAGUCGUUAUCGCGAAUGGCAGCACCGAUCAAGUUAUUCUCAACAUUGUAAAUGGACAGCGAGUUGGCACGUUUUGCACUGACGUUCCUGAUGACAAAGAACAAGUAGAGGCACAAGCAAAAAGAGUGCGUGAAGGAUAUCAACGGAUGCAACUAUUGACAUCUGAUGAGAGAGCAGCGGCUGUUGAGCGUCUUGCCGACCUUCUUGAUGAGAGAAGGUUCGACAUUCUUGCGGCAAACAAAAAGGAUCUCGAACGCGAGCAAGAGAGUGAGGAGUUGACGUUUGCCUUGAGAGAACGGCUUCACAUGACGGAUGCAAAACUAGACAGUCUAAUCAAUGGUUUGCAUCAGAUAGCACAGACAACUGAUCAAACUGUUGGUCGUGUGAUGCGUCGUACUUUGCUUGCCGACGAUUUGCUAUUAGAACAACACACUGCACCUAUUGGAGUUCUACUCGUUGUAUUUGAAUCACGACCAGACGUUCUUCCACAGGUUGCUGCGCUUGCGAUUAGUAGUGGAAAUGGUCUCUUGCUGAAAGGAGGUAGAGAAGCUGAACAUACAAACACAUUUCUUCAUCAGCUUGUGCAAGAGGCCCUUGAACCAUUUGGAGUAUCUCGUGCUGUUGCAUUGGUAAAUAGUCGUGAGGAGGUCCAACAGUUACUGAAGCUGAAGGAACACAUUGAUCUUGUUAUACCUCGAGGAUCAGCAAAGUUUGUUAGUCAAGUUCAAGAAGAGAGCCAAGCAAUUCCAGUUCUAGGUCAUUCAGAGGGAGUAUGCCAUGUGUAUAUUGAUCAAGAAGCAAGCGAAGAAAUGGUACUGAAGAUUGUGCAAGACGCAAAGUGUGGAUAUCCCUCAGCAUGCAAUGCUAUGGAGACAUUGCUGUUCCACUCAUCCCUAAUCGACACUCUAAUAUUUACUAAUACGAUGAGAGUUCUUGCUGACAAUGGGGUAAAGGUUAACUUUGGAAAACACAUAGCUGCACUACUUGACGUCAAAGAACCACUAGCUCCAUCAAUGAGCCAUGAAUACAACGAUCUUGAGUGCACAAUUGAGACCGUCACAAGCACCGACGACGCCAUUCAUCACAUCAACAAAUAUGGCAGCUCGCAUACAGACACAAUAGUAACCGACAAUGCUGAGACGGCUAACUUAUUCAUGCAACAAGUGGACAGUGCUUGCGUGUUUCACAACGUCAGCACUCGCUUUUCCGAUGGCUAUCGUUUUGGUCUUGGAGCCGAAGUUGGCAUUAGUACAAACCGAAUUCAUGCACGUGGGCCGGUUGGUGUGGAAGGCCUUCUGACAACGCGGUGGCUUCUACGAGGCGCUGGGCAAACAGUUCAAGAAUUUGGCAAAGGAAACAAUCAGAAAACUUUUAGGCACAAGCAGAUGCUUUGAAUUUUGGAUGUGAAAAUUGAUGUCUGUUAGCGCGUAUUUGUGAUUUAAGAUUUUCGAAGUAUUUAUGGUAAUAUGAUAUGUUUGUUUAUGUAUCCAGGGCCGACGAAAGCAAUUGAAGUGGUCUAACGCGCGUUAAAGGAGCGUACCUAACGCACGCUACAAGCAGUUGGCAUACCAAAAGUAUAGAUGACGGCAAUAAAUAGUUGGCUAAAGUCAAAGUUUCGAAAAGUGG